CCUCAACUGAUUCGUUACGCAAAACCACACAGUAACCUACGUACGCCACUGCUCUUCUCACCGUUCGUCAAACUUAGAUUGUCACGUGUUCACUUCACAUCAAAUCACCAGUAAAUUUCUUUUUUCUUUAAAAAACGAAAAAGAUUCUAUUUAUAAUUCAUCUCCAUCUUCUUCACCAGACCGUGCGCACAAACUGAAGCAGCGAUCGUGUUCGGAGGAAGAAGAAGAUGACGUCGGACGGCGCGACGUCGACGUCAGCAGCAGCGAUGGCGGCGACGAGGAGGAAGCCGUCGUGGAGAGAGAGGGAGAACAAUCGGAGAAGAGAGAGGAGGAGAAGAGCUGUAGCUGCGAAGAUUUACACCGGACUUAGAGCUCAAGGUAACUACAAUCUUCCCAAACACUGCGACAACAACGAAGUCCUCAAAGCUCUUUGUUCCGAAGCUGGUUGGGUUGUUGAAGAAGACGGAACCACUUAUCGCAAGGGACACAAGCCUCCUCUUCUUCUUCCUGGUGACGUGGCAGGAUCAUCCUCACGAGCCACACCUUACUCAUCAUAUAACCAAAGCCCAUUCGAAAGUCCCAUCCUUUCUUACCAAGUCAGUCCAUCUUCCUCUUCAUUCCCAAGCCCUUCUCGUGACAACAACAUCUCCACAAUCUUCCCUUUCCUCAGAAACGGUGGGAUCCCUUCGUCUCUUCCUCCUCUCAGGAUCUCAAACAGUGCUCCCGUCACACCACCUGUCUCGUCCCCUUCAUCUAAACACCAAAAGACAUUACCCACUUGGGAGUCUUUCACCAAACAGUCCAUGGACAUUGCUGCUAAACAGUCUUUUAACUACCCGUUUUACGCUGUCUCUGCGCCGGCGAGUCCUACUCAUCAUCGUCAGUUCAAUGCUCCGGCUACUAUACCUGAGUGUGAUGAGUCAGAUGCUUCAACUGUUGAUUCGGGGCAUUGGAUAAGCUUUCAGAAGUUCUCUCAACAGCCUUUUCAUGUUGUUGGUUCUGUAGUGCCGGCUUCUCCUACUUUUAAUCUUGUGAAACCGCCUGUGCCUCAGCAGAUGUCUCCAAACGCUGGAGCGACACAGGAGAUUGGUCAAAGCUCGGAGUUUAAGUUUGAGAAUAAGCAGGUGAAGCCGUGGGAAGGGGAGAGGAUCCAUGAUGUUGCUAUGGAGGAUCUUGAGCUCACACUUGGAAACGCUAAAGGUCGUUAGUUGAUAUGAAAGAACAAAAAAGAAGAACCCUUUUGUGGCUAUGGUUUGGGUGUUAGUGUGUUGUUGUUCAGUUAUUUGGUUUUGGUUCUUUUACUAGAAUCUAUAUUCAUUUUACCAGUGAGUUUGUUUGACAAGUCAUUAUUUGUAGAUAGAAUGUUUAAGAUUCAUGUUUCUAUUAUUAUAUCAUUUCUUGUAGGUCUUUUGUAAGACAUUACAAAUAUUUUAUCAUGAAGUUACUUGAACUGGA